AUGACCCCCUCGCUGCCGACAACAGCUCACAAUAUGGCUGGGUUGCCGCCAGAGGAACCCUCUUUCCCCGACUCCCGCGACGGGAUCUGGUCGCAGUUCAUCUCUGAUGCCGAAAAGCGUGAUAGGACUCAACUCGAGCAGUGGAAGGGCGACACAGAGGGGAUUCUCAUAUUCACUGGUCUCUUCGCUGCCACUGUCGCGACUUUCGUCGUCAGCUCUCUUCCGAUGCUUUCCCCGGACUCCGGAAGUCAGACGGUGAUGCUUUUGACCGAGGUUAUCGCGGUCUUGUCGGAUCAGAGCACAACUGCUGGGCCCGUGAACAUUACAGCCAGUCAACUAUCCCCUACAUUCGAAGUGCCUCCAUAUGCCCGGCAAGUCAAUGUUUUGUGGCUGGUUAGCCUCUUCCUGGCCUUAUCCAGUGCGCUGUUUGCUACUCUGGUGCAACAGUGGGCUCGUACCUACGCGCACCAUGUCCGUCUUCAUCCUAACCCUCGACAGAGGGGGAUCAUCUAUGCUGCCUUGAUACUUGGCAUGGAGCGAUUCCGCAUGGAAGAUACGGUCGCGGGUAUUGUGACUCUCGUUCACGUCUCUGUGUUUCUCUUCUUCGCCGGGAUGCUUGUCCUCCUGUACGCGACAGACUUGCUUGUUGCCACGCUUCUCACAGCCCUGAUUGCAUUCAUCUUGUUGGUGUACCUGAUGUUGAGCAUGAUGCCCAUAUUUUGGCACGACGCCCCGUAUCAUACGCCGCUAACGCCGAUCUUCUUGACGAUGGUCCGAACUGGGCAUCGUCUGGUAUAUGCUUGCGUGAAUAUCGUACGCAGAUGUGGGAAAGGCGGGCGAGAUACGUCUCGUGAGGUCGCGAUUCGUUCUUCUCGGGAGGCGUUCGUAGCCCGAGAAUCCUACGAUCAAGUACCGCUGCAAAUGCUAGCAAAGUUGCACAUCUUUGCUUUCGCCCGCGCACUAGAGUCUGCUACCGCUCUUCACAACGUCCUGUCCUUCUGGGACAACUUGUCUUCAUUCCUAUCUUCUUCAAGGACCGAUCGUCAACUAGCGCAUCAUAUACGCCAGUUUGCGGCCAAAGAUCUCCGGCUGUUCGAAAGGAUCAACUCAAUGUUGGAUUCCCAGGACCGAAGCUACAGACUGGGCUAUAUGGCCGAAGUGAUAUGCAAAGUGGCGCACAAUGUCCUGUUCCCCAGCGAGCCAGAGUUGUCCGAGUUCGAUCUUUAUCUGCAGCUCCUCGUGCGAGCGCUUGAAUCAUGGAAGACCGCGCCGAAUAUCUAUGCUGAUCCGGGCACAGCUAUCGUGUUUGAUUUGUAUUCUGCCAAUAUGCGGGCUGACAUAUUGGAUUCUGCGUCUCAGUUCAUGAAGCGUAACCCAUACUUGCGGAUGAGAAAGCCUAUUCUUGAUGGUAUUGCAUACCUCCAUCGUGACGUCUUUCUGGCUUACCCUGAGAUUCAUAUUCGCGACGAUUACUUCUUCCUAGAGCCGAUAACCGACAUCAAUCGCAGUCGAGGUACCACACUUGUCAUUGAGCUCUUGUCGAUUCAUGAUUUUCUAUCCAUGUACAGAAAGAUCAUGGCAUGGGUCAACGCUCACGGCCUGGCCAGUGUAUUGAAUAUUCUGCGUGAGACCGAAGCCGUGUGGCUUCCGUUGAUGAGGCGCCUGCACAAGAAUGCCCUGGCUCAUAUAUGGUUAAGUCACACAGUGACCUUCUUCGCGUAUAUCAGUCGACCGAGCUUGCAAGGGUUCCCGAUCAUUACGAAGUUUCUUCUGGACGUAGGAGCACCCGACUAUCGCCAGCUUGAGGUGAACGAUGAAGGCGUGUUCAAGAAUCCAAACGUGACAUCACCCCGAAAUCCGUAUGGGCCGCUUUUCGGUGCCUUCCCUGAGCUGGCGCAAUUGAUACACUCUCUUUGUACCAUGUUGUACGAGCGCAGGGACAUCACAGGCACUCCGUUUGAACAGCAAGUUCAUUUCUAUCGGGCUCCCACCAAUACCACGGAGCAGAAUGCACCACCUACAAUAUCCACGACUCCUGCGUAUCUCGCCCACAUAAACGGUAACAUGUUCUCUAGAGAGAUACCGUCUUCGUUGCACCAACCGACGCAGCCUCUUCAAGUUGAUACCACUGCCGACGAUACGGUUGGAACCACUCCUACUGCAGAUACUGAGGCUUUCAUUCCCUCUCCUGUGUCUGCGCAUAUGGCCUUGACAGACAAUAUGACCGAGAAUCCCGAAGCCCAGCUGUCUGAGGAAGGGAAUGGGGCGUUGUCGAGCCCGAAAGUAACCAGACCACCAGACCUCGAGCUGAUACUGUCACGGCGCAAUGUGACAUGGGCGGAGUUCAUGGAGAUCCAUGAACGCAGUACAAAUGGCUCAGCUUCCUUUCGGCAGAGAAGCGAAUCAAUGAGUGCAGGACGGGACUCCUCGGAUGCCUCUUCAGAGAUACAAGAGAUGCGAACGAUUCCGAGAGAUGAACAGGGUACACUGUAUACAGCCUUGGAAGGAGAAAUGAGCUCGGACCGGCGAGUGAAUCUUGUUGAAGAUAGCAGGCGCGCCGAGGAGACGUCAUUGCCACCAUCCGUCGGGCUAUCGCAUGAAGAAUUGAGUGGAAGCCCGAUGCUGGAAGUCAUCGCACCGUCAUCCGCCAGUGGCGACGGCUCUAUGUCCUCUGGACCUGAUAUAGGCUCCUUCAGUAUACUGGAAACAUAUUCUCAAUCGCCUGGGCGCGAUAGUGUAUCUCUUCAGGGUUCAAAUUCAGAGCUGGGAGACUCUAGAAGACAUAGCAGUUCUUGGGGCAUCCCCACACCUCCUACACGCUUCAGGUCGCUACCCGAGCUAUUGGUAGAUGAGUCCGUCCCCACGUUCUCCGUAGGACCGGAUGACACCAAUAGCGGUUCAUUGGGUCUUCUGUUGAGCAAUACAGAGGACGUUGCUGAGCAUACCGGUAAGGGCGCGAGCGAUGAUAGUAGUGCAGCGAUUGAGACUAGUAAUGAGAUUGCACACUGGAUUGCCGAUGCUGUGCCUGACGAGGAAGGCGCGCGGAAACGCGCGCUUACCGUCAAGCACUUCAUUCAAGUCGCAGACCCCUGCCGCGACCUGAAGAACUUUAGAUCGAUGAUCGUCAUCGUGUACGGGCUCAACUCCGCAGGUUGA